UCCCCUCCCAGGUAAGUGACUAAACUUUCCGGGUCACGUGAGCGGGCGGAGCUGGAAGAGUCCGACCGAGCACUGACCGACGCACUGAGGGUUCGAGAGAGGGACCGGGACCAGGAACUUGAGUGAGGUUGAAGACGCUCGGGCCAGGUGAGGGGUCGAAGGUAUCCCCGGCCGGAGAUGCGGUAGGAGUGGUGUGCGCGACAAGCCCCGUCCCUGGUGCCACCAGCUCGUUGCCCGGCCCAUGGCGAGCCCCGGUCUGGGGCUGCUCCUGGCGCUCGGCCUGCCGCUGCUGCUGGCCCGCUGGGGCCGGGUCUGGGGGCAAACAUCAGUCUCCCCUGCAAAUGCAAGCAGCUCCUUUACACCCUCCGCCGCCGGCUCUGGCUCCAGUGGGGGCCUGUCUCAGGAGGCCAUCACUGCCAUCAUUGUGGUCUUCUCCCUCCUGGCCGCCCUGCUCCUGGCUGUGGGCCUGGCACUACUGGUGCGGAAGCUUCGGGAAAAGCGGCAGACAGAGGGCACCUACCGGCCCAGCAGUGAGGAGCAGUUCUCCCACGCAGCUGAGGCCCGGGCUCCCCAGGACUCCAAGGAGACGGUGCGGGGCUGCCUGCCCAUCUAGGUCCCUUUCCUCUAUCCAUCACCCUUCCUGGCUGUGUUACCUUGGGGGAAGGCAGAGUCCUUUCUGGGCAAUCAAACCCGGCCAGGGCUUAAGAAUAGAAGGGAAGAAGGUGCUUCAAAGACUCUGCCCUUGAAGGCAAGGGAGAGUGAGGUGGCUUACUUUUUAUAUAUCUCUCUAUGUAUAAUGGGGAGUGCGAUAUAUAUAAUUAAACCUUUGGAGGGCUGGUGGGGACAGGUAUUAGCCUAGGUGAAGGAGACACGUGCAGGGUGCAGAGGCUGUUGAGAGAUGAAUUGUAAGGUCUGGAGGAACUUAGGGGCUGGGAGGGCUUCCUGGAAGGGAGGAGGGGCUUUUAGCUGCACCCAAGAGUCAGCUGGAGGCUGCCUCAGCAGGAAAGGUGUGUGUGUGUGGGGGGGCGGUUUCUGAGCAGAAAGAAGGCUCCCAGAUAAACCCACCAGGAAAAACCAGCUUUGGGAUCUUGGCGGCUUUAUUGAGGGGCUGGAUUCUCCUCCAGACCCUGAUCCUUAAGCUUCAAAACACUUUUUAAGCUCAGAGACUCUGGGCCGGCUCCUGGUUGCAGGCUCUUGCCAAGUGCUAGCAGGGCGUCCGGGGCCUCCCAGCUCCUUGGGGGGCUGGAGGUGAGUGUGCUCCACUUGCAGGACCUCAGAAGGCUGGGCUCUGGGAUUCUCUGGGGAACCAGGAUCCGAGGAAGAAUCAAGGGGUUGGGAUGUCCAGGUCGUAUCUGAGUUGGGCUUGGUGGGGACCGGACGUUGAGGGCUUUCUGGAGGGUGGGGCUGGGUGGAGAGCUGGGAGCUGGGGUUCUCCUGGGCUAUGGGGUCUUCGCUUGCCUUGUGGGGAGGGGAGAGGUGGAGGGUUAGAGACUGGGGCUCUGUGAGGGAGGAUACGGAGUCCCCUUUGCUGCUGGGGUCUGCAGAAGCUGUUGAAGGCCCUGAUGGAGAAGCGAUUUCUCCGCUGGCCUCUGGGGGCAGCUGGGAAAUGGGGUGUUCUGAGGAGGUCCCGGCAUCCAAAAGCUGGGGGGUGUGCAGAGAUGGCGGGCUGACAGGCAGGGACAAGGGCCGGGGCUCUGGUGGUGUCUCGUCAUCUGCUUGCCAUCUUGGUCUUCCUGAUAGGUCAGGCUGGGUCGGGGUGGGGAGAGAAGUUGCCGUCCUGGAGGUGGAGGAGAGGCUGGCAAGGUGGAUGGGCAAAUGGAGAAGGACAAGGGGGCUCUCACCAGGCUGAAGCAGCUGUCCGGGUCCCCUCUGUGGCAGCAAUCUAAACUCUGGCUGGGCCGCAGGCUGCUGGUCCUUGUGGCUCUGGUGCUCAGACUGUCCAGAAUCUCGCUCAGCAAAUCCAGUUCUUCUCCAGAGCCCAGAAAGCUGCCGUCCAGAGCUUCCUCUGCCCAUGGUUCCUGGGCAUCCCCAGGACUCAGAGGGGGUGUCCUGGGUGAGGAUGGGUGGCCUCAGAUAUCUGCCCAAGACUGGCUACUCUGAAGGGUCUGGAGUUUGGGGACCAACUUCCUCAUCAGUCCUGGACCCCCAUUUCCAACACUGCCUCCUCCCCUUGCUUUGGAGCCUUACCCCUCCCCGAGGGAUUCAGAAGGUCUCUCUUCCAGCCGGAGUCUCCUGCUGGGCCGAAGGGGCCGGUUCUGCAAAGGACAGAUUUGGGCGGUGGGGGUGGGGCCUCAGGAUUGGGGGUUGUGUGAAAGGAGGGUGAAUGGGUGAAGUGGGCACCCCAUUUUGGGGUAGACGAGAUGUCUGGAUGGAGAUGGGGGAUGGAGGAGGACCUGGUGAUAGUUCCAGGUGUGUGCAUUGGUGAUGGGGGCAGGGGCUUCUCACCUGUCCAAAGUGCUGGGUGAUGGGCAGCCGCUGCUGCAGGCGAUCUGAUCGGCUGGUGAGGGAAGGGGUCCUCAGGGAGCCCCCCCUCUGCAGGCCAGAGUCCCCAUCCUAGGAACAAGGUGGGUGAGCCAGGAGCCCCUUCCCCCGCCGCCCCUUUCGCCUUGGUCCCUAGCUUUACCUUGUACAUCAGAAGACUCUGCACACCCUUCAAGCCACUCUUUGCCUUUGGAGGAGCCAAAAGAGAAUUAGACUUGAGCAUGAUUUGGCCCCGGGAUCUUGAGAACUCAGCCCUCCAACCCUGUGGACAGCUUUGCUUCGUCUUGCUAUCUGCUCACAUGUGUCUCAACAAUAUAUUCAAAUUCCCCGUGGACCACCUACGAAGUCAAUACACACUUUGCCCCUUUGACUAAGACAAAAGGAAUAUUCCUGGAGGCAAUAACCAGCCCUUCCAAUGAAACAGAAACAGAGGAGUGGCAGAAAACAGAGCAUCAUAAAAACGUGUCAGUGUUCAAAAGAGCAAAGGAUAAAAUCCAGUGGACAGUUCUGAGCUGUAGAAGUUGGUCCUGGGAAACUUUGGGCUUGGGAGAAAGAAACACGAGGGCAAAAGCUGGGAUUGUGGCGUCUCAGAAGGACAGAAGACAUUUGCCAAAGAAUUGUGCUUGUCAAUUUUAAAUAGAAAAGAUGAGAUCCGACAAAAAUGAAUGAAGGCGGUCAACAGAAAAUAAAAAUAGGAAACAUAAAUGGUGUAACUGCUGUUUUGGUUCUGAUAAAGAUGUUGGUGCUCUGAA